GUUUGUAUCUUUUGAAGCUUUACAAAAUUGACGAAGUGGAAAUAAAAUUUGCUUUUUUGUACUAAUAAUUGCUUUUGUCAGUGAAAAUGCCUCGACGAGGGAGUUCCGCAUCUCCACAGCCGACACCGCGGAAACCCGCACCAGCAGCGGUCCAAUCUCGUUCAGCUACCACAGCCGUCAAGCCGUCACAUCCAGUUCCGGCAGCUACUCCACCAAGUUCAGCACCUCCUCCUAGCAAACCGUCCUUCCCGCAACCGCCUCCACCCAAAACUGUCGGUGCACCGGCGGCUCCAGGUUUGAUGGGACAGAUGGCAGCAACGGCUGCUGGUGUUGCGAUCGGGUCAGCCGUUGGCAAUGCCGUUACUGGUGGAAUGUUCACGGGAAGCACUGACUCGCGGGGAUCCGAUGCAGCGGGACAGCCGGCUGCCCCGAGUGCUGCCGGGUCCGAGAGUAUCGCUUCGACUGGACCGUGUGCUCGGGAGAUUGAACAGUUUCUUGCCUGUACCCAGGGGCAGAUCGAUUUGAGCCUGUGCGAGGGACUCAAUGAGACACUGAAGCAGUGCAAGAUGCAGAAUCGCAAGUAAUGAGUGGAAUGGUUGGGA